CGUUGUGGUCGCGCCCGCCGGGCGGAGCGGGGCGAUGGUGUCCAGGGCUGCCGACCGGCUGCUGAUCGUCGUCUCCGUUCUGGAAGGACGCUGUUUUCCAAAACGACCCAAACACAUGCUUAUAGUUGAAGCGAAAUUUGAUGGAGAACAGCUGGCUACUGAUCCCGUGGAGCAUACUGAUCAGCCGGAAUUUGCCACUGAAUUGGCCUGGGAACUCGAUCGAAAAGCACUUCAUCAGCACAGGCUGCAGCGCACACCUAUCAAACUCCAGUGUUUUGCUUUGGAUCCUCUGUCUUCAGCUAAAGAGAACAUAGGCUAUGUUGUGCUUGAUUUAAGGGCUGUGCAGGAAAAGAAACAGACACCAAGAUGGUAUUCUUUGCUAAGUAACAAGUAUGCUAAAUUUAAAUCCGAAAUAAAAGUAGGCAUUAUGUUGGAAACUGAUUCCAAAGCACCAGUUGGUGAUUUAAAAGCAAAGGAGGCAGCCCCUAGAGAAGGGAGGGCGUCUGCCCUUCUUUCUAGACUUGAUCCUAAAAGUAUUGUACCAGUCCUGAAUGAAGAAGAGGGCUAUCAUCAGAUUGGACCAGCAGAGCAUUGCAGAGACUAUUUUGUUUUGUCUGUGACCAUUGCAUUUGCCACACAAUUGGAACAGUUAGUUCCUAGUACUAUGAAGCUUCCUGAGCAUCAGCCUGAGUUUUUUUUCUACUACUCAUUACUGGGAAAUGAUGUAACAAAUGAACCUUUCACUGAUUUGAUUAAUCCAAACUUUGAACCAGAAAGAGCUUCUGUUCGAAUACGUAGUUCAGCCGAUGUCCUUCAGGUUUAUCUUUGUGCACAGUCAAAGCUGCAGAUUCAUCUUUGCUGUGGUGACCAGUCCCUUGGAAGCACCGGAAUACCACUGUCUGGACUACUGAAGAAAGGAAGUGUGGAGAUUGAUCAACAUCCUAUGGCAAUAGAAGGAGCAUUUGUCCUUGUUCCACCAAAUAGGGCUAAGCAGAACCUGCCACAGUUACCUCUGGAUAUGGCUCCUACUGUUGGGGUAUCUGUAAUUCUGCAAAAGGAGUGCUUAAAUGAUCAGCCUUUGGUGCCUUCAAACAUUCCAAUUGAACUCAAACAGCCAAAGAAAGUUCUUUCACCUACUGAUAGAGAAGCAGAGGGCCUGAAGCAGAGAUCCCAGGAUGUCCCGUCUCAAGUUGACCACUCUCCUCCAAGAGAAGGUGAAGCAACAGAAAGUGAAGCAGAAAGUCUGAAGUUUGAAGAAGGCACAGAGCUAAAGGGAGCUGGGAUAGUGGAUGACUCCUGCAAAGAUGUUAACAAACAAUACACUGAAGAGCUCCCGGUUUUCAAAUCACAGGGCAAUGCAAAAUCACUGCUGUUUUCAGCAGGUGAUGCUCCUGUAGUUGCACCUCAGCCCAGUUCUGUGAGUGCAUCUGGUUGUUCUGGGACUGCAUCAGCACAGAAAAUUCUCAUUCCAGCAGCCUCUCACCAUUUUUGCUUUUCAAUAGACUUACGAAGUGUGCGUGGUCUAGAAGUUGGUUUUCCUAUAAACUGCAUUUUAAGGUACUCCUACCCCUUUUUUGGCAGUGCAGCGCCUAUUAUGACAAGCCCUCCUACAGAAGUCAGAAAGAACAUGGAAGUUUUUCUUCCCCAGUCCUACUGUGUAUUUCACUUUGCAACUACGCCUCAUCAGCUUCAGGACACGUUUUUCAGACUACCUCUGCUGGUUGAAUUGUGGCACAAGGAUAAAACAGCCAAAGACUUGCUUCUAGGGACUGCAAGACUUCAGCUUUCAAAUGUUUUGACUUCAGAGAAAACACGGUUCUUGGGUGCUAAUGGUGAGCAGUGCUGGCGUCAGACUUACAAUGAAGCAGUCAACGUCACAGCAGCACAAGGGUCAGACACCAGAAUCGCAGAGCUUUUAUAUGCCGUCACUUUGGAAGACUACGGACUUGUGAAAAUCCAUGAAGUUCUGGUGUCAGACUCUUCUCAAUGUGUAGGUGCUGGUCAGCAGCGGCAUGCCACUCAUGCUCAGCUUCAUUGUGCUUCAGAAAAACAGCCAGAACCACGGGAAACUCUUGAAUACAAAGCGGCACUGGAAUUAGAAUUAUGGAAGGAAAUGCAAGAAGACAUUUUUGAAAAUCAGCUUAAAAAGAAGGAAAUGGCCCGUAUGCAAGCACUUGCAGAAGAAUGGAAGAAAAGAGAUGAAGAGAGAGAAGCACUAGUGAAGAAAAAGGUAGCAGAAUAUACUGCUCUGGAAGAACAGCUUCAGAAAACCCUGAGAGAUCUAGAUCAACGGGAACGACAGCUUUUGACUGCUGAAUCAGAGAUUCAAAGAGUAAAGAAGGAGUUGCAAGCAGAGCAUGAACAAAAUAAGCAUGAGGUACAGGAUUCUGCGCGGCGAACCAGAGAAGAAUGUGCCCACCAGGUUGAACUAGAAAGAUCAAAAAUCAAGCAGCUGGGAGAAGACAAGCUUCGUAUACAACAGCAGCUCUGUGAAGCAGAAAAUAAGUACAAAAUUUUGGAGAAGGAGUUCCAGCAGUACAAGGAACAGCAAAGUAGUAAGCCAGAAAUCCAGCUGCAGUCAGAAAUAAAUCUUCUCACUUUAGAAAAGGUUGAACUUGAAAGAAAGUUGGAGUCAGCUACCAAGUCAAAGCUCCACUACAAACAACAGUGGGCCAGGGCUUUGAAAGAACUUGCAAGGUUAAAGCAGCGUGAACAAGAAAAUGCAAUGGCUCGCCUCAAAAAGCAGCAACAAGAGCUGGAGCACAUGAGGCUGUGCUACUUGGCAGCAGAAGAAAAAGAGCUGGGGAAAACAGACCGACAAGAGCUGGAGGAUAUCAGAAAUGAACUUAACAGGCUAAAGCAACAAGAAGAGAGAAAGCAAUUUCAAGAUGCUAGAGAUAAUUCUGCAUGUAAAGUGGAGAGUCUUCAUACUAGAAAAUCAAAUGAGAACAUAGAUGAUUAUCUCUCACGUCUGAUGGAGGAGAGGGAUACCUUGUUGAGGACAGGAGUGUAUAAUCAUGAAGACCACAUUGUAAGUGAACUUGAUCGUCAAAUCAGAGAGGCUAUUGCAAAAAGAAAUGCCACUAAAUAAAACCAUACAAAAAAAAACAGCCUGAAUUUGAAUAGGCUUACUGAUGUUUUUAAACCUUCCUCUUCAAAAAUGUGUGGUGAUGCAUAGGUUUGCACAUUGUUAGCUGUUUUUGAAGUCAGUGUCAAUAUUUGCAGUGCGUGAUGUUAAGUGAAGUUGUAAGUUUCAGAGGGGUGGCUGUUUUUAGUGUUUUUGUACUUCUACACAUGCAAAUAUGUUUAUAUUCUGAAGUGUUUUCUACAACUCCUUCCACUAUUGUGGCAGGGUUUAUUUUUAAAAUAUUUAAUAAUUGUUCUCAACUUUUUGGUCAGUAUUUCAAUUUUAUUUUUUUUUAACGUUCCUCAACUAUACUAGGAAGAAGUGUCAUCAGCUUUCUUCCAUGAUCAAAUUCUUAAUUUUGUCCCAAAAUGCAAAAGUGACAAAUGUCACUAUUCAAUUGACAAGCUAAUCAAUUUUCACUUCUGCAACUGCAGUGAAAAUAGCUAUGUUCUACAGUUCAUCUUUCUUUUUAGAGGCAGGCAUUUAAUUGGAAGGGAAGGAGCUCCCAAACCUUGUGAAACUGAAACUGAUUGAAAUGUUAAGUAACUAGUAUGAUCAUACAAGAUGAAAAUGCCUUUGUCCUAGCAGCUUUGCACAUAAGACUGUAAGGGUGAACCCAGCCUUUGUUCAUAAAUACGUAUGCAAAUGAUGUUUGAGUCAUUUAAUUCAGAGAUUUUUAAACACUUCAGAUGCUGGGCACAUGCAUGAUAAGAGCUUUACUAAGUAAAGACGUUUUUGUUAAUCACAGCCUACUCAGUUUGCAGUUCUUUAACGUGUGUUUCAACCCGUGUUUUCUCAUUGCUGUUUGUAUGAUUUAUUUGAUUGUUGAAGUGUGAAAAGGAUAGCCUCAAAUACUUCAAAGCCAAAAGAAAGAUCCAUGAGAAAUGUUAAUUUCUGCAUAGUAGUUGAAAAAGUUUGUUUUUUCUAGCUUCCAUUCUGUUUGAGUAGAUUAAAAUCAUUCACAUGGACUUAACUAAUUACAUAAACCUACAGCACUGUCUUUUUAAUGGGGAUUUUUGUCAUGUUGCCAUGAUUCUCACUUUGAAUCUUGGGUACUGAAGAAGCAUUAAAUAUCUCUAUUCAGGCAAAGCAUAACAGAUCCUAUGCAAAGCAUUUUUUUCUGUGAACUUGCAUGGAUGCAACUGUACAUGUAUUGCCUUUUCAUGGUGUAAACCUAUGAAACCAUGCCUAUUUUUCAUGGUGUAAACCAUAGAAUAGUGCAUCUGACUAUGCCUAGUAUGGGCCCAUUUCCUGAUAAGAAAGCCUGGUUGUUAGGCCGCUGAAAGCUUUAAUGUAGCUACUUGUACUCUCACACCUAUAUUUUUUCAAGUGAAGGUAUUUGGAAAGAUUCUACUCCACUAGUAAAGCAAGUAACACCUUGAUGAAUCCUGCACAAAUCCACGGCAUGUAAUUUUAAUCUUUUAUGUUAGUGCUUCUGUUAUCAUUGAUGCAUGAUCAUGCACUGUUGCAUAGUCCUGCAUUAUUGGAAAUGAAGCAGGGGAUUCUUCUGUCUUACCAAGAAGACUUUGCAAGACGUUGUUCUUGAAAUUGCUUCUUUUACAAGACGUGCAGUUUCUUUUUCCAACACUAGGGGGUCCAUUAGACUUACAGAUUGCAGAGUGUGUUUAAUAGCAUUUUCAUGAUGGGUGAUUUUUUAACCGAUUCUGUGAUUUUUCAGGUGUUACAUUACUUAAUAAACUGAUGUUUUUUAGUAUUAAA